CCAUGUGGGCGUGGCCGGGCCCGCGCAGGGCCGCGGGGCUGCCCCGAGCCAUGUCCCAGAGGAAGCGCAGCAAAGGGUUGGGCUCCUCGCAGGCAGACGAUGGUGAGGAGGAUUUCGCCCUCACGCACACCCCGACGCCCACGCAGGUGCAGCGGAGCCUGGCGCGGCGCCCCCAGGACCAGGUGAACCAGAAGGUCAGCGAGCUCGUUCAGUUCCUGCUGGUGAAGGACCAGAAGAAGAUCCCCAUCAAGCGGGCGGAUAUCCUGAAGAAAGUUAUCCGGGAAUACAGAGAUAUCUACUCCGAGAUCCUCAGCCGGGCGGGAAGGACCCUGCAGCAGGUGUUUGGGCUGCGGUUGGUGGAGAUCGACACCAAACACCACAUCUACAUCCUUACCAGCGACCUGCCUCGUGCCGAGCAGGAGAACUUGCGCCAGGACAACCAAACCCCCAAGUUGGGGCUCCUCAUCGUCAUCCUCAGCUUCAUCUUCAUGAAGGGCAACUCGGUCAAAGAUGGUGCUGUGUGGGAAUUCCUUCGCCGGCUCCGGCUCCAACCAGGGGAGCGCCACGAGGUCUUCGGUGAUGUCAAGAAGUUGGUGACAGAGGAGUUUGUGCGGCAGAAGUAUCUUGAGAUCAUCCCUAUCCCACUGACGGAUCCUCCGGAAUUCCAAUACCAGUGGGGACCGCGGGCGGCCAAGGAGACUUCCAAGAGGGAUGUUUUGCGCUUCGUGGCGAAGAUCCAAGGGAAGGAUCCCACCUUCUGGAUGAGCCAAUACAACGAGGCCAAGGCCACGUCGUAACCCACAUUCCCCCUCAAAAUAGAAAGGUACCCCUUUUUUGGGGUGCAAUCCUGUAAUUUCAGUGUUUCGUUAAGGCAUUUUUUAAUUGGGGGGGUUAAUAGCGUUCAGGAUCAACAUUUUGUGGGGUGAAAAUGUGAGAUUUUUGGGGGGAUCCCCCAAAAUCUCAUCCCCCCCCCAAUACCUGGAGGGGGAUAAGGAGAUCCAUGCCUUUCUUUUGGGGUGGUUUAGGUGUUUUGGGGGUGUCUUUUACCCUGGAGGGGGCUCGGGGUGAGUCCAGUCCCCGUUUUGAGGCUACGGUGACCAUUUUGGGGGGUCUUGACCCCAUUUUGUGGGGCCUGGUGCCCAUUUGGGGAGGGAUUGAGCUUCUUUUCAUGAA